UAAGCACCAAUAUUUCUAGUUGACUAGGUCGGCAUAUCCCGAGGAUGUGACAUGUAUCUCCGUGUGAUGUUUACACUUUGUUACAGUUCUUUGUCUCGAGCAUAAUAAAUCAUGAUGUCUGGGGCAUAGAUACAUAUAUUUUUUUGUAUAAGAAACAUUGCCAUCAUACCAUUUUUGGAUCAAGAAUUUCCGGAUCAACAUUUUCAGAACUUUUUUCUUGUUUUUUUUCAGCACUCGAAAUAGCCGAGGCGGCUCAUACGAAAACUCCAGGAUAAGGUAUCCGGUAGUUCUACAGAGCAGCAGCCAUGGUGUUGAUCCUGGGCAGACGGCUGAACAGGGAGGACUCUGGGACCCGGGACUCCCCCGCUGUCAAACGAAAGGUGUUCGAGGUGGACUCCAAGACGCUGACCGGUAAUGAAGUGCUGGACUUCUCCUCCGGCUCCUCCCACUCAGAGGCCAUUUUGCAGGUGUUCAAUGAGUUCCGCGACAGCCGCCUCUUCACUGACGUGGUCAUCAGUGUGCAGGGCCGCGAGUUCCCCUGCCACCGCGCUGUGCUCUCUGCCUGCUCCUCCUACUUCCGCGCUAUGUUCUGCAACGACCACCGUGAGUCACGCGAGAUGCUGGUGGAGAUCAAUGGCAUUCUGGCCGAGGCUAUGGACUCCUUCCUCAGCUACGUCUACACGGGCCGCGCCAAGAUCACCACCGAAAACGUGCAGUUCCUAUUCGAGACCUCCAGCCUCUUCCAGAUCUCCACACUGCGUGAAGCCUGCGCCAAGUUCCUAGAAGACCAACUAGACCCUUGCAACUGCUUGGGCAUCCAGCGCUUCGCAGAUGCCCACUCUCUGAAACAGCUAGCCAGCCGCUGCCGCUCGUACGCCCUGGCCAGCUUCCCUGAUGUGGCCCAACACGAGGAGUUCCUGGACCUGAGGAGGGACGAGCUGGAGGAGUACAUCUGCAGUGACGAACUGGCCAUCGGGAAGGAGGAGGUAGUGUUUGAGGCAGUGAUGCGCUGGGUGUACCACAGUGUGGAGCCCCGGAGGCCCGUGCUUAAAGAACUGUUGCACCACGUCCGUCUGCCCCUGCUGCACCCCAACUACUUUGUCCAGACAGUGGAAGGAGAUCAGAUCAUCCAGACCGCUCCAGAGUGCUACCAGCUCCUCCACGAGGCCCGACGGUACCACGUACUGGGCAACGAGAUGAUGUCACCCAGAACCCGCCCACGCAGGUCGACAGGCUUCUCAGAGGUGAUCGUGGUGGUGGGGGGCUGUGAGAGUGGGGGGUUCAACCUGCCUUACACAGAGUGUUACGACCCUGUGACAGGAGAGUGGAAGUCCCUGGCCAAGCUCCCAGAGUUCACCAAGUCAGAGUACGCUGUCUGUGCCCUCCGCAACGACAUCCUGGUCUCAGGGGGCCGUAUCAACGGCAGAGACGUGUGGAUGUACAACUCUCAGCUCAACAUAUGGAUCCGAGUUGCUUCACUCAACAAAGGACGCUGGAGACACAAGAUGGUGGUCCUACUGGGGAAGGUCUAUGCAGUGGGAGGGUAUGACGGUCAGAGUCGUCUGAGCAGUGUGGAGUGCUAUGACUCCUUCUCUAACCGCUGGACAGAGGUGGCUCCCAUGAAGGAGGCGGUCAGUUCUCCGGCCGUGUCCAGCUGUGCUGGGAAGCUCUUUGUCAUCGGGGGAGGGCCCGAUGACAACACUUGCUCUGAUAAGGUCCAGUGCUAUGAUCCAGAGGCAGACACCUGGGCGCUAAGGGCAAGCAUCCCCAUCGCUAAGCGCUGCAUCACGGCGGUCUCCCUGAACAACCUGAUCUAUGUGUCAGGUGGUCUAACCAAGUCUAUCUUCUGCUACGACCCUGCGGAGGACUACUGGAUGCACGUGGUGCACACCUUCAGCAAACAGGAGAGCUGUGGAAUGUCGGUGUGUAAUGGGAAGAUCUUCAUCCUGGGUGGGCGGGGUGAGAACGGCGAGGCCUCUGACUCCAUCCUGUGUUACGACCCGGCAACGGGCAUCAUCACAGGCGUGGCGGCCAUGCCUCGCCCCAUCUCUUACCACGGCUGUGUCACCAUCCAUCGUUACAACGAGAAGUUCCACCACCGGCCCUGACCCCACAAACACACACACAAACACACAGGCUUGUACAUAAACAUGCUUUAAAAGACAUUCACUCACACAAAAAGAUUCUUCAGACACACGCUCUCUAAAAAGGGUGCAGAUAGACAUGCACACACUGUCAACCCUUUUUUUUCCUCUCAAGAAGCAACUAAUUUAGAAAUUCAGACCACAGCCCCAGUUUCAGUUUCACUUGUUUCCUUAUUGUCCCAUGAAGCAACACUCUGGUGCUGGUAUUGUGGUAUUCCUGCUAUGCUACUCCAGAUCCAUCUAUGCCUGCCAGCUGACUUUGUUAGGGUGGUUGUUCAAUGGAAAACCAAACCAUAGACUGGCUGGUAUGCCUCCAGACACCACUAUGUCUGUGUUUAGAUAGAGCCUUCAUGGAGCCCGUGGCAGGAUCAGAUCAGAGCAGGCAGACAUGCGCCAGGGUUGUGGCGGUCAUGACAUUUUGUCGGCCGGUGAUUUUCAAGCAAAUAACUGCCGGUGUCAUGGUAAUUAACCGUUAAUUAACAUAAACACAUUUAGCAUCUCCUGGCUUCCACUCAUAGCCUACGAGCCACUAAUGCAGACCUUUGGAAUAUAUACAUUUUUUUAAGUCAUAAGAAAUCCAUUUAAUAUGGCCUACACCUUCACAAUUAAUCCAUAAUUUAUUUUAGACAGGUCUAAAGAAACAUGAUAUGAAGAAACCACCAUUCUCAAAAGGGACCGCAAAUGUGAUUAUGAUUGUAAUGCUUUAUUAUCUUCCCCAAACUUGGAACUCACAAGCAGCCUAUGUAUGUCAGUUAUUCUCCACGCCGGUUGUAAAGGGGAUUCAUGUGCUUAAUUCUAAGAAGUUAUAGGACCACUUGAGUUGUAAUACUAACCUUAUCAAAACAUAUAGGCCUAUGGGCUAGGCUACAUUAGGUGUGCGACUAUGAUUUGAAAAAGUCGCCAAAAAAAGGCAUACACUGUUUCUUGUCUUACUGGACACACUGGGCAUCAUUCACAAGUGAUAAUACACCAUUCACAAGUGAUAAUAUUGUUAUCAGACUAUUCUUAAUUUGUUAUCAGACUAUUCUUAAUUUUUGUCUUUACUGUACAUAUACUUAAUAAUAUAUGUGUGAAAUUAGUUUUGAUUUUGAAUGAACCAUUAUCAUACACUUGUCUCAGAACAGGGGCAGGGGAAAAAAUAUGUGUCAUCUAUGCAGUUAAAUAGCGAAUGGAGGACUCUUUUCCCCUGGUUAAUUUUCAUGCCUGCCGGGUAGGCUGUACUCCUGUUGUAAAGAUAAGCAUUGUGGUUAAUAUUAGGAAGGUUGAGAAAUACAUUUAGUAGGCCUAGUCUAUAGAAAACCGAUGGGAGCCUCCUCUUUUUAGGAGAAGCCAUCACUCUGUUUUCUCACACAAUUGCAUAGCCUAUAGAAAUGUUGCGCAACGUGAGCUCAUGGUCUCUCAUGAAGUGUUUGAUUUGAUUUUCCAAUCACAUUUGCAUUGAUGUUAGAGUGAUUAUAGUGACAAUAUAGUGCUGAGUACCAGGCAGUUAGCAAGUUUGGUAGGCUACUAAUGACCACCAGCAGCAUCAGAGCGCAGUUUUGGAGAAGCCUAGUUACCGUGACAAUACAGUCACGUGGAAUUUGACUGUGGUCAUGACUUGUGAACAGCGGUAAUAUGGUCACUGUAACAGCCCUAGACAUGCCUAGCAGCAUCUCCUCUUCCUAAGAACCAGAGAUAGUCUAUAUCUGCACAUCAAAGAUCACAAUCUUUGAUGGACAGAUAGGGAGUCGUGAUAGUGGAUGAAACAAAGUGUUGCUUUUAGAGAUUAUCUCCUUCAUCUUUAGGUGUUCAGGUGGACAAGUACUGACAGAUAGUGAAUUGUGAUAGUGAACAGGAAAGCUUUGAUUCAGACUUGAGAGAAAUUCAUAGGAAUCUGCCACUGAUUGACAAGGGGUGGUACAGUAAUUCUUAGAACCCAGUUUUAAAAGGCAAUAUGCAUUCCAACCAUCUUAAAAUGGCCUCCUCUUUCUUCGUAACCACUUGAUAGUAUCAUGGAAAUUGGAACAGUAUCAUGGAAUGUAUCAAGCACCUGGUUGCCAGAGGGUAGGAAUGUGGUUCCAUGACUUCAAUUGUAUAUGUCGUUAAGCAGUGAUUGUUUGGUAUAAAACAAAACAAGCUGGCCUAUGCUAAUCCAAAAACAGAAGCCAUGUCCAAAUAGAACGAAACGUCUUAUUUUCAUUGUCUUCUUUUGUCUCAUUGCCACUAAUUUCAAAUGACAUUCAUUUUAGGAAGCUACCUCCUGCUGUGGUCUGAACUCUGAUUCCGCUGACUCCUAUUUCCUUUUCCUGUUAGAGGUUCCCUUACUUACUCUUUCCAUAUCAUCUCUUUCCUCUUCUCAUAUCCUACCUCUUAUCACUGACACUUUCAUCAUAAUUCCCUUGAAUCUUUGCUACACACACACACACACACACACUGAUUUUUUUGUUGUUGUUCAAUUUAUUAAAUUAUAUUUGUCUUUUUGACUUUGGAUAUGUGUGCUGAUUUUAUACCUUGUGCUUGGUGGUGUGCUUGUUGCUACAUAGAGUUUAGAUAGUUGGUUUGGAUGUUGGGUGUGUGGGUGAUUUAGUCAAUAUCAGCAGGGCCGUUUUCUAGCAUUUUGGGGGCCCAAAGCGAGAUUUGGUUUGCAGAGAGCAAAUGUUGCAUUAUUAAAGCAAAUUUCAUGCAGUUCUACACAUUUUGCCAUGGGUUGGGGGCCCAAUAGUGGCCGCUUAUGUCGCGUGUGCCUAGAAACAGCACUAGAUAUCAGAUGCCUUAGUAGAUGAAAUCUCAAAGACUGUUAUAAGUGAGUGGUAUAUUGGGUGAUUUUUAUUAUAUGUAAACCAGUUAUAGCUUUAUAUCAUAACAGUCUGUUUACUAUUGUGCUGCUUACCCAGUGGCCUUGCCUCAUAUAUGCAAAUUCUAUAGAACUCUGUGCCAUACAUAGACAAUGGCACCUCUCACCUGUAUACUCAUACAAUGUAUAGCUCAUGUACACAAUGUAGCUCGGGGUAACCAUGGAAACCUCCAGGUGUGUGUGUGCCGUUGGCUUUACCGAGCUGACACCUGUGUAUUAACUCAUAGGAUAUGAUUGAUUGGCAGGUGUGAUAGUAGUAAUUGUAAGUCUUGAUUCUGGUCAGUAAAAGUCACCUUUUACUUUUGUGUCGUUAGAAUAAGAGAUGAAUUGCUGUGAAUUGAUGUAUUGCUGUGAUACGGUGACGUUGAGGCCUUCUCUUUGCCACAUUUUUAUUCAAAUGUUCUGUCAUCCUUGUUUGCAUGUGGUUUGUGUCUUUUUGCUGUUUUUUUUUGUAUCCGAGAGCCCCAAUUGUGUUCUUUUACUAUUAUAUCACAAUGUAAAUAUGAUUUUUUAAAAUUUCCUUUUAUUACUGUAUCAGUAAAUGCUAUUUGCUUUCAUGUGACGUAUGUGAGUGGGGUGAAUGGAGCCUGUCAGCGCCUCGUACUGGUCUGCCUGCUAUUGCUGUGGGUCCCCACAAAUAGCACAACUAUAAUAUGUCAGAUCAAGAUCAACACAGGGAGAGAAAGAGGGGGGUAGAGGAACAUGCACUACGUUAUUGGGUCAAGGGUAAGGAACUGUUUUGUUUCUCAAUUAUGUUUUUACUAAAUAAAUCAAAGUGAAAGAAAAUGUGAGGCAUGUUCGCUUAAUCUGCAUUCCAGUGUUUUGUUGAGCGAGAGAGACUUGUUGUUUCUUGUUGUGGUGGCGAAUGCUGGGAUUGUGUGUGUUGUUGAUGAGUGAUGCUUGUUUUUGACAGUCUGCCACAGGUAAGUCGUCUGCUCUAUAUUGGAUGACUCUCAAGGGGAGAAGUGAUUGAAUGAUGUAAAUGCAGAGUUAGGCAUUUGGCCCAGAUCAAAUCCCUAAGGUGAUGUUUUGAACUUGCUUUCAUGGGAACCCUGGAUUUGAGCUAUGGAUUGAUGAAUUUGUAUAGCCUACAGUACUUGUGUACAAGAUGAGGGCUAGUUCCACCUAGAGAAUGCAAUCCUUUGUGCCUGGAAUAAGACAAUAUUGGAUUAAAAUCUGUCUUUCUGAUAUUAAGGAAACAACAUUACAUUAAAUUAUGUAUGAUGUGAUAUUCAAAUCUCUCUUUCGCCUUGGUUCUUCUGUUUCUUCUGAAAAUCAGUGUGGACUGUCUGAGCUAUAGUAUGUCGGACUGUAAUUGCUGGCUUGUGUAAAUGAAGCAUCAAUAAAGUUAUUCUCUAUA